AGAUAAACACGCAAGGACUUUUCUAGAGAGUUCCAAGUGCAUUGUGGGAUUGCUAAACCGGCAUCACCUUCCUCUUCUCGCCGCAAAGAUGAUGCCCGCACCAGUUAUCGUGUUGAAGGAAGGGACCGACACCUCCCAAGGUGUGCCCCAGCUGGUCAGCAACAUCAAUGCCUGCCAGGUGAUCGCAGAGGCGGUGCGCACCACCCUCGGGCCCCGCGGCAUGGACAAGCUGGUGGUGGACAACAGAGGCAAAGCCACUAUUUCUAAUGAUGGUGCAACCAUCUUGAAACUGCUGGAAGUCGUUCAUCCGGCUGCCAAAACACUUGUCGACAUCGCCAGAUCACAGGAUGCUGAGGUUGGUGACGGCACAACGUCGGUGACUCUGCUGGCUGCGGAGUUCCUAAAGCAGCUGAAGCCGUACGUGGAGGAGGGUGUGCACCCCCAGACCAUCAUCCGGGCCUUCCGCACUGCCACCCACCUCGCUGUCAAGAAGACCCGGGAGAUCGCCAUCACUAUCAAGAAGGACGACAAACAAGAGCAGAGGGAGCUCCUGGAGAAGUGCGCGUCCACGGCCAUGAACUCCAAGCUGAUCGCCGGCAACAAGGAGUUUUUCUCCCAGAUGGUGGUGGACGCAGUCAUGUCACUGGACGACCUGCUGCCCCUCAAGAUGAUCGGCAUGAAGAAGGUGCAGGGAGGAGCUCUCGAGGACUCCCAGCUGGUGGCCGGCGUGGCCUUCAAGAAGACCUUCUCCUACGCCGGCUUUGAGAUGCAGCCCAAGCGCUACGAGAGCCCUAAGAUCGCCCUGCUCAACGUGGAGCUGGAGCUCAAGGCGGAGAAGGACAACGCAGAGGUCCGCGUCAACAACGUAGAGGAUUACCAGGCGAUCGUGGACGCUGAGUGGAACAUCCUAUACGACAAGCUGGAGAAGAUCUACAACUCGGGAGCCAAGGUGGUGCUGUCCAAGCUGCCCAUUGGAGACGUAGCCACGCAGUACUUUGCCGACAGGGACCUGUUCUGUGCCGGCCGCGUGCAGGAGGAGGACCUCAAGAGGACCAUGAUGGCGUGUGGAGGCUCCAUCCAGACCAGUGUGGGUGCCAUGACCGAUGACGUGCUGGGACGGUGUGAACUCUUCGAGGAAGUCCAGGUCGGAGGAGAGAGGUACAACUUCUUCAAGGGCUGCCCCAAGGCCAAGACAUGUACCAUCAUCCUGAGGGGCGGGGCUGAGCAGUUCAUGGAGGAGACGGAACGCUCGCUGCACGACGCCAUCAUGAUCGUGCGCAGGGCCAUCAAGAAUGACUCAGUGGUGGCGGGCGGCGGUGCCAUCGAGAUGGAGCUGUCCAAGUACCUGCGGGACUACUCGCGGACCAUCCCUGGCAAGCAGCAGCUGCUGAUCGGCGCCUACGCCAAGGCCCUGGAGAUCAUCCCCCGCCAGCUCUGCGACAACGCCGGCUUCGACGCCACCAACAUCCUCAACAAGCUCCGCGCCAAGCACGCACAGGGUGGCAUGUGGUUCGGCGUGGACGUUAACAAUGAGGACAUUGCAGACAACUUCACGGCGUGCGUGUGGGAGCCGGCCAUCGUGCGCAUCAACGCCCUGACCGCCGCCUCCGAGGCUGCCUGCCUCAUCCUGUCGGUGGACGAGACCAUCAGGAACCCCCGCUCCUCCAUGGACGGCCCGCCCGGAGGCAUGCCCCGGGGCAGGGGACGCGGACGCCCCCACGCCCACUAAGCACCAUCGCCCCUUUUCCCCCAAAUCCCCCCUUAUUCUGUGCUUAGCUCCUGCACCACCCACCCCAUCUUCUCUCUCAGCUCCUGCUGUCUCCCGUUGGCAUUUGAUGGGGCAGAUCGUCAAUGAAGGUCAGCCUGGACUCUGGACUCUCAAAGUACAUACUCACCAUACGGUUGCAGAAAACACGCCUGGUAAUAGCGGUAGUAGCCCAAUUGAUUUGGCUUCUGUCUCUGCACUCAAUCACCCAAGCACCCACCAUUUAUUUUUGUUUGCAAAAAAAAAGAAAAUUGAUUCUUUGUACUUAGUUUUGUUGCAAAAAUAUCAUUCUAUGUCAUUUUGUACUUUUUUUAAUUGUUUGUCCACCCCGUUUACUGGACUCCUUCUCACCACCCCCCAAGUUAGUUUCAUCAAUCUUGAGCAGAGUUGGGUCUGUAUUGUGAGUUACCAGUCAGUCAUGAUGAGUCAACCAGGCAGGGAGGGCUCCUCUCAGCGUCUCGGUGUGCCUGCGCUACAGAUUUGGACUCUCCCUCGUCCCUCCUGAUAAGCACUGAUUAUUGAGCUGCAGUAGAUUUGCCGUUUUUUUUCUCUGUUGGGUCACACUCUGUGGAGUUAUUUAUUGGACCAUUAAAAUGAAUGCUCCCACAGCU